AUGCCUUCGAUAUUCGAAGAGCUGAAUUGCUGCACUCCACGAGCGAUUCGAGGGACUGAUUGCCAAACAGCGACUGACACACGUGACAACAACAAGGACAAAAUUCAUGACCCUGUACAAACAGUAUUUGGAGUCGAUUCAAGGUCAGCCAUAUCCAUAGAGGAUAUCGAGAAGAGUCAAGAUGAAAAUCUUAAGCUUAAGGCUGAACUUGAAGUUGUGCUUUCCCAGUUAGAGGCCCUUCGAGAUGAGGUGAAAAACGGCAGUCAAUCGACGCUGAGCUCAGGCACACAGGACCCGGCAAAGGACAACCCGGACAGUACAAGCGAUAUGUGGACCUUGAUCGGCGAUGUUUGCGAUAAGUUCCAGGUGCCUCUUGCAUCUUUAUUCGCCGAUCAGGUGGACCAGAAUGUUGAAGUGGCUAAAGUGAUGAGCGAUAUCGCAGAACAGCUGCUGAGAAAAAAAGACCCGAAGCAAGCCCUGGAAGCAAUACUGGGGGACAGUGCCUCAAAAUUCUUUAAAUCCCUUCGUGUGCCCGAUUGGACGUUGCUUUACUUCAAGCUGCAGUCCCGGAUCCCAGACCAAGGAUGGCAAACCUUGUUGAACUUUACAAAGUUAGGGCGAACUAAGGAUCAAUGUUGAAGCCCUAAUAAAGGAAAUCAAUGCCCAAAAAAUGCCAUCAAGAAAAAUGGAAUAACUAUUGAUGGAAGACACUUUAAAGUCAAAUUUACAG